UCUCCUAAGAAUCAUUGUAGUGUAGUGUGUUUAUUUUACAAUAUAAAUGCGACGAAAUGUUGUUAUUGCUUGUGUAUGGGCCAGGUGCUGUACGUAUUUAUGGGGUUCCAUAUUGGUCAUUUUAUUGCUAUUAGGGAACAAGUAAAGAUGGGCAUGGUGUGGCAUAUGUGGGUUGAGUUGGCUGGUGCAAUUUUUUGAAUGCUAAUGUUAAGAUGUAUGGUAGUGUGGUAUUGAUACUGAUAUCCAAAAUAUGAAUGGUUCAAAAGGGGGUUUUUAACUCUAAGCUUGGGAAUAAUUAGAUAUGCAGAUCACACAGAUUUUGUACCCAUUCUUCUAUUUUAGUAAUAGCUCUCCUUGCAUACCUUUGUUAUAUCUUGUGAAAUCCAAUUAGUAAGAGCUGGAAUGAUGCAACUCUCAAUCAAGUACUCCUGGCAGAUUUUCUUCAACGUAGUAUUUAUAAGUGAUUUUUCCUUGCAGAUUGGCUAAAAUUGAAGAAAACUAGUAAACAACUUUGGCCAAUCUUUUGCAAAAAAGAUGCUGACAGAAAUUGAAAAGGAAAGGCAAGAAACUAUUAAACAUAACUUAAAAGAAUUAGAGGCUGUUGGGAUAGAUCCUGCUAGGUUGAAGAGCAUGGCAAUGUCAUUGUUUGGUUCAAAAGCGAAAGCAAGUGGUAAAAGCACUAAAGAGGGGAACAACAAGGUGGGCCAUGGCGCUGAUCCUAAUUAUAUACCACCCGAAGGUGUAGAAAUUCUAAGUUCCUGCAGUGACAAUGAUGAGUCUUCUAGGUCUCAAGCUAAAAAGGCAAAAGUUAUGAGUCCAAGAGAAAAGAGAAGCACUUUAGCUACUCAAGCUUUGAGAAAAUCACAAAGAAUUCCUGGAGCAACCUCAUCUCUGCCAACUGAACCUACAGCUAAUCAUGCUGAAGGCAUGUCUGUGAUGGUUGCCCAACCUUCUGAGCUCCCCACCUCACCUACCGAUGAGACCAACCAGUAUUCUUGCCUGCCUAAUGUCGGGGGCAGCAUGGGGUCCACCUUAAUCCCAAGUAGGAAGCGUGUACGAGGUCCUACACGAGGUAUAAACGUGGAUAAGGAAAGGAAAAAGUUUGGUCAUCCCAUUCUCGUUGAAAUAGAUCGCGAAGCAAUGGCAAUAGUUGGAGAUUAUGCGACUUUCGUGGCUUAUGCUAUUGGGGAGAGUAUUCGAUCUCAUGCUCCAGUUCGAGACAUUGGGUGGAGAGAUAUUGAUUUUGGGAUCAAAGAAUCUAUUAUUCUACAUGUUGGGCAAACAUUUGGACUUGGUGAUUAUAAGAACGAUAUGGUUCUUAGGCGCAUCAUCGAUGUUAAGUGCCAAGCUUUGUAUAGAGAGUGGAAGUGCACGCUACACAGUCACUACAAAGUGAUCAAGAAGGAGGUGUCUAACCCCAAAAACCAUCCAUUAUAUCCCUGUAAUCUAGAGGACUGGAAAUUCAUGAUUAAGAAAGUGUGGCGGAAAAAAGCUUUUAAGAAGAAGUCUAAGAGAGGGAAAAAUGCACGAAAAUCGUUGAAAUAUAACCAUACUAGCGGCUCCCAAUCAUUUGUAGCACGAGCAUCCAAGUUUGUAAAAAAAGAAAGAAGAGAGCAGUCUUUUCUGGAGAGGUUCAAGGACACACACAUACGUCAUCGACAUGGGGAGGAAGUAUGGAUAAACGUCAAGGCUAAGGAAGUUCAUGAUAAGAUUGCUAAAAAGCUAGUUGAGCAGUCGCAACCCGGUGUCACAAAUCCUCAAUCUAAGGUGCAAAAUUCCAUUGAUGUGCUUGGGAAGAGAUUGGGCUACUUGAAGGGAUAUGGAAUUCGCAAGAGCACAUAUGCUACACAUUCUCAAGCAGUCCCAAAUUUCGAGGUAGUUGCUCUUAAAGAAGUCGUGGCUGAUCAAGCAAAACUCAUAGCUGAUUAUGCUAAAAAAUUUGAAACCAUGAUGCUCUUCAUGGCUACAAAGAAUGGAGUUGAUCCAGCCACCAUUCCGGGAUUGAUUUCAAGUAAUGAAAAUGGAGAAGACACUUCGAUUGGACAAGAAGAUGGAAUUUUGACUUAAAUGGAGGUUGAACGUGCUGACUUAGUUGUUUUGAAUGGGUUUUUUGGAUAUUACGUUUGAUUCAACUAUGGUAGGUGAUUACUGUUGAAUUUUUUUGUAUGCAUAGACAUCUUAAUUAGUUUUUGGAGACAUGGCGGGUGGAGUAAAUUUGUGGAGACAUGGCAGGUGGAGUACUAGUUUUUGGAGACAUGGCUGGUGAAGUAAAUAUGUGGAGACAUGGCAGGUGGAGUACUAGUUUUUGGAUACAUGGCAGGUGGAGUUAUCUUUUGGUUGUAUUUUGGAUGUUUAUAUAAGUUUGGGAUAAUCAUUUGGCUGUAAUAUUCUGGAUGCUUGGAUAGUUGGUUUUUGGAUUGCAAUAUAUUUAAAGGUAUUAGAAUGACCUAUCUAUUGAUUUGGAUGAA